AAAUCUUUUAGAAAAUAAAUAUACCGUACAGCAUUUGCAUUGCUUGUCAGUCAUAAAACUGUCAAAAUUUUGGGUACUCGCAACCAUUUUGCUUUUAAAUAAUUCCCAGGCAACGAUGACUACCAUAAAAAAGUUCAAGUCAAAGAAGGUCUCCAAUCAAUACACACGUUACUUUGAUGUCAAAAACCUAUUGCACAAUGACAAAAGCUACAGGGUGGCCGAUUCCACCAAGGAAAUCGGAUCACCGAUGAACAAGCGAACAAGAACUGAGACCUGGUCACCCGGUCGAUCCGUCUCAUCGGCGAUUCAAUGGCAGCCCAUUGACAAGGCAUUUGUGGAGGACACAAGAGGCAGUCCAUAUUUGCUGCUCUCCGAGGACGAUACGCUGAUCAAUGAACACACGAAGAAAAGACGACGACAGCCCACCUGCCACAAUGUGUUGCAUGAGCCGCGUCUGAAGCUAGAUCCAGCGGGCAUUGAGCCUCUGAUACGCGGCAUACGGAUAAGCGUAUGUGUUGAGCAUACCCGCUUUCCACUCAUCGCCAAGGUAACCAAGGGCAUGGGCCUGACCCAUGUACCCGAGCAUCGUCUGUGGAACGUGCAAUGGUGCGAUAAUACGCCCCAUUUUGAUCUAUUAAAGAGCAUGAAGCGCUUUCAGCAAAUCAAUCAUUUUCCCGGCAUGAGCGAGAUCUGUCGCAAGGAUUUGCUCUCGCGCAAUCUGAAUCGCAUGCUCAAAAUGUAUCCAGGCGAUUAUCGCAUUUUUCCCAAAACCUGGCUGCUGCCCACCGAUACCUACGAUGUGGCCGUCUAUUCGAACAAACACAAACGCACCUUUAUACUCAAGCCGUAUUCAUCAGGCCAGGGGCGUGGCAUUUGGCUUACCAAUAAUCUGCGCUCUGUGGGCAGACAGGAGAAGCUCAUAUGUCAGACAUACGUUGAUAAGCCCCUGCUAAUCGAUGGUUAUAAAUUUGAUUUGCGUGUCUAUACACUGGUUACCUCAGUGGAUCCAUUGCGCAUAUUUGUGUACAAUGAGGGUUUGGCUCGUUUUGCGACGCACAAAUACAAGCCCCCGGCACUGGGUAACAGUAAUAACAUGUUCAUGCACCUGACCAACUACUGUGUGAAUCGUCGGAAUUCGAACUAUGAUGCGGGCAGUGGCAAUGAUGGUGGCUCCAAGCGAAAAUUGAGCGCCUACAACAAGUGGCUCGUGGACCACAACUACAGCGUGGACGAGUUCUGGGCAGCGGUGGAUGAUGCGAUUAUCAAGACUGUGAUUAGCGCAUGGCCGGUGCUCAAGCAUAAUUAUCAUUUGUGUUUCCCCAAGCACGACAAGAUUCAGGCAUGCUUUCAGCUGCUGGGCUUUGACAUACUUGUGGAUUGGAAGCUCAAACCGUACAUUUUGGAGGUCAACCAUACGCCGAGUCUAUCUGGCGGGGAGCCCGUUGACUAUGAAGUGAAGCGCCCGUUAAUACGGGAUACAUUGAAUUUAAUUAGCACGCCGCUCGUCGAUAAGGAGGAGAUUAUUCGCGAGGAUCGUGCACAGCUAAGGGAUCGUUUAAUGAGACAGCAGGCGCAUCGGCGGCGCGCAACCACCCCCAGCAAGUCGGCGGUGACACCGCAAAGAGCCGCCGGUGGCGCUGAACUGAAUCAGGCAUGUUCCCUGGGCGCCUUGGCCCAGCAAAUUGCCUGGGAGGAGAGCCAUCUGGGCAACUAUAGACGGAUUAUGCCGCCCACAAAUAGCGAUCGAGUCAAUUAUUAUUUCAAGUUCUACAAUCAAUUCAAAGAGGUGUCCAUGUUCAAGGAGAAUAACACAAGCAAGAAUCGUAAUCGCCUCAAUCGUGAGCAUCUGAAGCAACAGAAACUGCAACAGCAGCUGUUAACCGAACAGGUUCAGCUGCGUCGCUUGCGACAGCGCAAACAGAAGCUGCAGCAUAUAUUCCUGCAGAACAAUACACAGAAUUUCUCGAGUUUGCUCAAACAGAAACGCAUGGAGGCGCUGGCCAUAGCCAAGGAUAUACAUUUGCAAAAGGCCAAAUUAUUGCAACAAAAUGCGGGCAAGGAAAGGGUGGGCAUUUGGCAGAUGGUUGACAAGCAGCAACUGGAAUCGAAUCUGGAAAUGGAAAUCAAUCCGGACAAUAUGAUGACAACUGGCGCACGCAUACGGAAUAAACGCAGCAUGACCGUCAUCAAGUCCCGUCGACGCACACAACGCCGCCAGCUGCAGUGCCGUGCAAGACGCGCACGUCGCCUGGAACGGGAAUCUCGUCUCGAUGCCGAAUUCCUGGCCAAGCAUGCGGUUAGCCAUGCGGUCAGCGGACGGCUGCAAGCGGGCAGCUCCAAAAUCAUGAGCUCCAGCUCCAAAGCGGGCCUCAACCAGCAACAGCCACAGCAGCAGAAACUGCAGAAGCAACAGCCGCACCAGCAGCAACAGCCGCACCAGCAGCAACAGCAGCACCAGCAGCAACAGCAACUGCAGUUGGCUGACAAGUGCAAGACCAAGCCCCGAGCCAAGGCCAAGCUUAGGACAGCUAAGAAACUCAAGGGCCCCACCAAGUUAGCCAAGCAAGCAGCUAGCAACAAGGAGCUGAUGGAUUGGAUGCCGCAGCCUAUCAAUGAGGCCGACAAACAGCUGCAAGUCGAGUGGCGCACACAACGGACGGCGGCUGUCAACGGCGGACAGUUCAAGGAGGUGCUCUUCCAUGAAAUGUACGAGCGUGGUCAUCUAACCAAAAAUGAUAUUAAGCAGUUUCCGAAUCUUCUUUAUCGCAUACUACGAAACGAAAUAAAUAAAGAUGAGCACGUAGUAGGCGACUAAGCACAUAAGAAGCGUGCUCUUAAGAACAUUCCACAAUUGGCCGAACCGACAUUUGUUUUUAUAUUGUAGUAAUCAAAAAUUCUAAGUAUUUUCAGUUAGUUUCCUGGACGAAGACUUUAAAGCAAAAUGGUGGAUAGAUCUAAUAAUUCCCAAUAUGUAUGUUGGUCGGACGGAAGUAAAGUGAGCCCCAAUUGCGACUCUGGUGGAAGCAUUUAUAGUAAUGGGAAAAAAAUAUUACAAAAAAAAUACCGCAAAUGGAGGGUAAAAUAUACUACAAACUGUCAUAUGUUAUAUGACUGACAAAACAAUAGUAAGUCAAAAUUAUAAAGUGUAUAUAAAAUAAUUGAGCAAUAGCACUCAGUUAAUAAUGAUAUUGUUUAAUUAUUAAAUAUAACUAAACCAAUA